AUGAAGAUCGGACACAUAAACAUCCGUUCACUGGUGCCCAAAUUGGACGAAACCCGGCUGAUCAUCCGUCAGAAUGAGCUCGACGCCCUUUGCAUCUCAGAGACGUGGCUCACUGGCGAUAUCAGCAGUGACCUGCUACUCUUCGCCGGCUACCGGAUCUUCAGGGAGGACCGCAAAGUACCCAAGAGAGGACAGAGAACCACGCGCGGUGGAGGUCUGGCCAUUAUUCUUCGGGAGGAAAUCACAGCGACUAAACUCAAGAUACCGCCACCGACGGAUAGUCGUCUAGAGAUUCUGUGGGUGACUGUGGGGGCGCCUGGUGGGCGUUCCGCCGUCCUCGGCGCCACCUAUAGGCCACCUGGUGAACCUGUAACUCCAGACCUUGACGCUCUUCGCCAGCAGCUACUGGAAGUGUCCCGUCAUGAGAAGCCGGUCUUCCUCUUAGGCGACCUAAACCUGGACCUGACUCGGCCGGACGGGCUGCAAGUGGCACGCUACAUCACCAUGCUUCAAGAAUUAAAUUUUCACCAGCUCAUACGGAGUCCGACACGACCCGGGGCGACUCCAUCCCUCCUCGAUCACAUACUCACAAAUCAAACCAGCGUCAGUCACGAGGUAGCGGCUGUCAUCAAGACGCAUGUCAGUGACCACGACUUGAUCACCAUCGAAGCGCCACUGCCGAGACCGAAGCGGAAGCCACGCGAGACAACCACACGAUCCACGCGUGAUGUGAACUACGACCAACUCUGUCUGGACCUCCUGCAUUCGGACUGGAGCGCUCUGUAUCGAGACGAAGCGACAUCCAUCGAUGCUCUCUAUGACGCGUUCCUGAAUACCUGGAACUCUGUAAUCGACCAGCACUGCCCGAUGAAGCGUGUCCGACUGCGACAUCCCGACCGGCCGUGGCUGACGCUCAACGACGACCUGAGAGAGCUCCAAAGUCAACGGAAUACUGCGAGGCACCAUAGAGACACCCUGGGUACCGUUGCCAGCGAGCAGCAAUACCUGACACUGAAGAAGGAAUUCAGGCGCCGGAUAGCAGCUGCCCGAGCGGAGUACUUCUCAGCCCCCUCCAGCAUGACCGAGAUGUGGGUGGAGCUCCGGAAGCAUGCUCUGGGGCCAGCUCGAGCUGUGAGCCCUGACGACGUACUGGACGCGGAAACUGCCAACCGCUUCAACUCCUACUUUGCCGAGGUGGGCAGCCGGAUAGCCACCGAACUGGCCACCCCACGGGACCGGCCGGCGCCUCCCCCUAGACCGUCUACUGUGUGCAGCUCUACGUUUGCUGUCCAGCCAGUCACAUUGCCGGAGCUCAGCGGCGCCCUGAGGAGGAUGAGCAGCUCAAGGGCGACCGGCAGUGACGGCGUGUCGCUGCAGCUGCGCGCUGUUCUCCUUCAUUGUGUUGGCGACGAAGCGUACCGGCUGUACGAGACCUUGCCCCCCGGCGUGAAGGCUGACGGCGAAACGGACUUUGACUUGGCUCUGCGCCAACUGCGUGAGUUUUAUACUCCGCGCACCAACGUCAUCGUGGAGAGGUUCAACUUUCGUCAGCGUGGACAACAUGACAGUGAGACAACUGCAGACUUUGUGUCAGCUCUACGCGGUCUGGCUCGAACGUGUGAGUUCGGGGCCAUCACAGACGAACUGAUCCGUGACGUAGUGGUUGAAAAGACUGUGCACCCCAGACUCCGAGAACGGUUCCUCCAGGAUAAGGACCUCACCCUGGAGAAGGUGCUGGUGAUGGCAGAGGCCUUCGAGCGCUCCCUGCGUGAAGCUGCUGCCAUGGCCCCUCCUGCGCUGCAGCUCGGAGCUGUGGCCAAGGUCAGCACAGGCCCACGACGCCGCACCACCCAGCCAUCGUUACCCAGCCCAGCCACCCAGUGUACCAACUGUGGUCGGAAGGACCACCAGCCAAGGGAUAAGUCGUGUCCCGCCAAGAAGGUGGUCUGUCAUCAGUGUGGCAGGAAGGGACACUUCUCAGCCUGGUGUCGCAGCAAGGAGAAGCCGCCUGCCUGCAAGGAGCUUCAGGUACUCUCCUGCUCCACCUCAACUAGUUCCAAGAUGACCUGUACUGCAUCAGUGACUGCUAGCACAGGCGUGCAGCGAGAUGUGCUGCUCCAAGUCGACACGGGUGCCUCCUGCUCCAUCCUCAGCAUGGACCUGGCACGUAAGCUGUUCAAAGGGGUGCCCUACGAGUCGUCCACUGCCAGCCUGUACGGGUUUGCCAAAACCCCACUGUCAGUGAAGGGCACACUGCCCACAGUCGUCCGCUUCAAUGGUCAAGAAGCUACAACAGACUUCUACCUGGUGGAAACUCCGAAUCAAGAGGCUAUCAUGGGGUUGAACCUGAUCAACGCCCUCGGCAUCACUCUCCACCCGGCUUCCAACAGCAUCUACAGUGUGGAGGCUGAAGCCCAGCCACUGCCUGCCAUCGAGCACUACGAGCACCGCAUCGUGCUGAAGCCUGGUGCUACUCCAACAGCCUACAGGCUCCGCCGACUUCCCCUCUCUGUCCGUGAGGAAGUGUCGGCCGAGCUGCAACGUCUGCUGCACGACGGCAUCAUCGAGAAGAUCGACGCAUCUGAGUGGGUCAGCCCCCUCGCCGUGUCCAGGCGCAAGGAUGGCCGGAUACGGGUCUGUGUCGACCUCCGUGGACCCAACUCGCAGAUCGUUGCAGAGGUCCACCCCCUGCCUACAAUUGACGAGCUGGAAUCGAAACUGCACGGCAGCGUCUACAGCAGGAUCGACCUCAAGACAGCGUACCAUCAACUUCGCCUGCACAAGGACUCAAGAGACAUCACGGCCUUCCUGACGCCUGAUGGUCUCAUGCGGUACACACGAGUGCCGUUCGGUCUCGUCUCAAGUGGAAGCGCCUUCCAGAAGCUCCUCAGCAGCCUGCUGAAGGGUGUCCCAGGUUGUGGGCACUACCUGGAUGAUAUCCUGGUGUCUGGGAAAGAUCACCAAGAGCACGACACCCGCCUCAAGGAGGUCAUGGACCGCCUGGCCCGAGCCAACGUGACCAUCAACAAGGACAAGUCCGUCUUCAGGCAGACCAGCAUCGAGUUCUGCGGUCACAAGCUCUCUGCAGCUGGAGUGGUCCCACUCCAGUCAACCGUCCGCGCUGUGAUCGAGGCGCCUCCGCCCUCCGACGCUCGGGAGCUACGUAGCUUCCUGGGGACCACAGGAUGGUUCAGCCGCUUUGUGCCAGCGUACGCCUCAGUCGUCCGACCGAUGGCUCACCUCCUCAAGAAGGACGCACCGUUCCAGUGGUCCGAAGAACAGCAGGCCGCCUUCAACAAGGUGAAACAGCUGAUCUCGACGAGCCCCGUCAUGCGCCCGUUCGACCCGCACCUGCCGACGAUCGUCACCUCCGACGCGAGUGACCGAGGCGCCGGUGCUGUCCUCACACAGGUUCAGCCCAGCGGUGAGGAGCGGCCGGUCGCCUACUGGUCCCGCUCGUUCACGGAAGCCGAGUCCAGGUACUCCGUGUCUGAAAAAGAAGCGCUCAGUGCAGUCAACGCAGUGGAACACUGGCGUAUCUACCUGUGGGGACGCUUCUUCAAGCUCAAGACCGACCACUCGGCGCUCACUACCCUGCUGACGCCGAAGUCGUCCAACCGAGCCGGAGCUCGAAUCGCCAGGUGGCAGGCUCGUCUCCUGCCCUACUCGUACUCUGUCGAGUACAAACCGGGACACACGAUCCCUGUCGCCGACGCGCUGUCCCGGCUUCCGCUCCCAGACACGUCCGGCGCCGAGACUGACGGGGACGACAUCAUCGCGCUCGUCACAGACGACGCCACAGACGCGCUCCCAGAGUCGGAGAUCCGAGCAGCGUCAGAAGCCGACCCAGCGCUGAGCGAGGUGCGGGAGGCCAUCCGCACAGGCUGGCCGGCCUCGGCGCGCGAGUGCUCGCCGACGCUCCGACCGUUCUUCGACGUCCGUCAUGAACUUCAGCUGCGCGAUGACAACAUCAUCCUGCGAGGCCCCGACCGAGUGGUCGUCCCGCUCGCCCUGAUCGACAAGUACCUCCAAGUGGCUCACCGGCCGCACGAAGGCAUCGUGCGCACGAAACAGCUGCUCAGAAGUCUCGCGUGGUGGCCCGGCAUGAUGCGAGCCACUACCGACCUCAUCCGCGACUGCUCGACCUGCCAGGCCAAGGACGCCGUCCUCUCUCAGGGCGCGCGCCCCGCUCCGCUGCAGCCGGUCCCGCUCCCGGACCGGGCCUGGUCCAAGCUCGGCAUCGACGUCGUCGGACCCAUCGCAGGUGCGCCGCCUUCAGCCCGCUACGCCAUCACAGUCAUCGACUACGCCAGCAAGUGGCCAGAAGUCGCCCUGACAUCGUCUGUCGAAACCGAUGACGUCAUCAGUUUCCUCGGCAGCCUGUGGUCUCGAGAGGGCUACUGUGACGAGCUCGUCAGCGACAACGGCCCCCAGUUUACAAGUGCCAAGUUCGAGAAGUACCUGAGUGACCGCGGUAUCCAGCAUCGGAAGUCGUCUCUCUACUGGCCGCGGGGAAACGCGGCCGUCGAGCGGUUCAACCGAACCCUCAAGACGUGGCUGCUCGAAGCCGCUCAGCAGUCGCCGCGGACGCCACAGGCCUUCGCCGCGCACGUCACGCGCCGCCUGGCUCUGUACCGCACCGUACCGCACUGCACCACCGGGAUCUCGCCCUCUGAAGGUCUGCAUGGCCGCCGCAUGCGCCUGGACCUGCCAGUGAUGUCAGCCGACUCCGCUCCAGACGCCGGCCUGCACACGCGCGUGCAGACUCAGCAGCGCCGCAACGAGCGGAACUACAACCGGCGCCGCGGCGUGAAGGUACCCACCAUCCAGCCCGGCGACAAGGUCCGCGUUCGCCGCCCUGGACACACGCCCAAGAACCUGUCACGGUUCGGACCGACACAGACGGUGGUCCGUCGUCUCGGCAAAGCCACGUUCCUGCUGUCUGACGGCACACGGUACAACGCGUCUCACCUGGCGCUCGCCCCGGCAGCCAGUUCGGCAGAGACAUCUGACGGCGACUCGCCUGCAGCCGGACUCGACCCGCUACCGACCGUGGCGGACCAGCGCGAGACCGCACACGCGCCUCGUCCGGUCACUCCCCGGCGCGAGGGCCUGCCAGCGGUGCGAGGAGACCCUCCUGGCUCCCCGGCUCCAGAUGGACGUCGAUCGGCCACUCCAGCGCCGGUUGACUCGCCGCGCUCGCCGCGCCGUUCGGGUAACGAGCUGCCGCCGUCCUCGUUCGGCAGGCGUCGGUUCCAGCCCCGUAAGCUCGCCACCUAG